GUGAAUCACCCGUCACUAUCUGAAACCCGUGCAACCCGACUCUUAAGUCUCGCGGAAGACAUGCAAAUAUGAGCAGAAACUUUACACACGGAACAGCGCUGUUAGGUUCCAGUGGAUAGGUUCAUUUUUGUCUGUUUGAAGUCGAGUCUGACCCUCACGUGACCCUUAGGGAAAACACACGAACUCUGCAAAUUAAACGAAGAGAAAAGAAGAGGGGGUAAAAAAAAUGCCGCAGGACGCAGCGGAACGCGCGACUUUGUGUAACUUUAUUUCCAGCGCGCGCCGCUCAGAUGUUGACACAUCGACGUCUUGAGGCUUAACGACUUCCUAUAGAGUCGCGGUCGGUUGUGACCCUGUUGUCGGGCUGUAAUAGUGAACAGUGUGCAGCCGUGUGCAUGCAAAGUCGAGAGUCGACUUUGCUCCGGGUUGGAUCGGUUUUCUGCGUCACUCCGCUCCUGUCACCCGAACCUGAAGACAUAAACACGAGAAGAAGAAGAAGAAGAAGAAGAAGAAGGCGACAUUGCGGCGUUAACACAAAUCUUGCCUGAGGGAUGACAAACCGCUUAGCUGUUUACAGUUUAACUAGUUUGGAGAAGAGGAGAGCCGUCAAGGGAGGAAGUGCGAUUCAUGUUCUCUUCCCUCUUCUGCGUGGCAUGUGCAUACUGAGGCGCUCUGACGAAAGCAGUCAGACUUGUAGAACAGUGUUUUUUUUUGGUUCUUUUUCAGUUGGUGCGUACUGAUGAUCAUUUCUGCACACCCUUUUGUCAUUUUGCAAUCUCAACAUGAGCCUCUCUCCUCAUCAGAGAGGGAACGUUAGUAACCUGGGCAAGCAGAGUGUUGAAGGCAUCGAGGAACUGGCGCAGCAUUCGGGCGAGGUCUUCUACAACGCCGGCGGUGUGCCGUUGGAGCAAACGAACAGCGGUGCCGGAGGAAGGACCGACCCCGGAUUUGAUCUCCAAAGCUCGGCUAUUUUUAAACCUGAGAAAGGCUAUCAACUCUGGGGUAAUUUUCAGCAAUCAGGUCCAGUGAAAUGGGUGUCUCAAGAGCCAGUGCACUCCUCCACUUGGUUUCCAGGCCUACCAAAUUCAACUAAAGUGCCCCAGAACUUUGGACCUUCUCUGAGUGGAAUGGAGGAUGCACGAGGACAUCAAGCUUUACCCAAGGCCAAUCACGAUAUGGACACCUUGCAGCAAGAGAAAAUGUCUGCAGGCUCCUCUGUGCCCUAUUCCGAACCAACGCAAGCUCUAGUAUCCGGAAUGGAAUGGGACUCUCAUAACAUGGCAGCCAUGCAUCAUUCCCAGUUCCAGGCUCACCAUCAGGGCCACAAACCAGGAGACCCACAGUACCAGCCUCACACCAUGCGCCACUCCAUGCCCGACUCUACUCUACAACCCUUCCAGGUGGCGUUUGGACCCAACAAGCAACUUCAGACCUCAGGAUUCUUUCAGGCUUUCCCAGGAAACAGUGCACCACAGAAUUUGGGUUACAGCGAACCACAAAAAUCACAGCAGCAGCUCUUGCAUUUAAGACAGCAGCAGCAGCAAAUGCAGCAAAUGUUGCAACAGCAACAACAACAACAACAACAACAACAGCAACAACAACGACUGCUCCAAAUUCAACAGCAAUACCACCAUCAGCAGAAAAUGCCGGAACAGCUGCAGCAGAUGCAGCAGCAGCAUCAACUGCACCAGCUGCAAAACAUGCUGCAACCAGAAUCAUGUCCUACGCAACCAGUUCAGCAAGACCAACGACUGGCCAGACCACCCAAGCAACCGGACAACAGUCAGGUCAAAGCAGGGCCUUGUACGUUGCCUCAACAAAGACAGGAUCCAAGUCCGCAGUCACCAAUGAACAAAGAUCCAGAUCUUGCUCAAGCACUUCAGGAGACUCAAGAAACCGAAGGCGAAGCCGAAGGCGAAGCUCUCCCUCGGCGCUCCAGAAGACUCUCAAAAGACGGCAUCUCCCCUCCAGGCAACCCCCCAGCCAAGGAACCGGCCCGUAACGGAGGCGUCGCCGGUGUUCCGGGACCCCCAGUAGGGGUUAUCCAUAGCACACAGAGAAGGAGGAGGACGUCCAAAGAGAUCAACCUCGAGACUCUGGCGCAGAAGGCUUCGGAGAUGGAGUUUUUGCCUGCAAAGCAUGAGGAGAGCAUGUAUAGCAGACAGACAGGGAUGCCUCCGCUGGUGAUCCCCGUGUCUGUACCUGUUCGGAGGAAUCAGGUCCCGAUAGAGCAGACGGGCGGCUGGACGCGUGAGCAGAGGCUUCCUCCAGAAAGUACGCAACAGUCCGAGCACAAGCCCUCUGUUAUCGUGACACGCCGCCGCUCAUUAAGGGCCUCUGACAGUUUCAAGCAGGAGGACGCGGCGGAGGACGGAAGAUCCCCGGACAAGAUAAAGCGCCGCCCGCGACCUGAGCCCCUGGUAAUCCCUCCACCCAGACCGUGCACGUUCAUCGUCCCUUCCGUCUACUCCAGCAUCUCGCCCUUCCAGAGCCACCUGCGCUCCCCUAUACGCCUGCUGGACAACCCUCUGUCUCUGCCACCGUACACUCCUCCUCCCAUCCUGUCACCUGUGCGCGAGGGCUCGGGACUUUACUUCUCCACCUUCCUGUCCUCAAUAGCAGCGGGAAGUCAGGGCUUGCCUCCACUGCCAACACCCAAAACCUCCUCCAGAAGCCUCCUGCGCUCAAGCAGUUCCGACAUCACUCCUCCGAUGCUCCCUCUGAUCGGAGAGGCCACACCUGUCAGCUUAGAACCGCGAAUAAACAUCGGCUGUCAUUACCAGGCAGAGAUUCCUGAGCUCCAGGAACACUCGCUGGUCGAACAGGAUCAGCACAAAGCUACUCUGGUGUGGCUCCCGCUGCCACAGGUGGAAUCUUCACCCUCCCAGGAUGAGACAGUGGAUAAUCUAAUGAACCUGGCCUGCUCCAGUGUGCUGUAUGGAGGAGGAACCAAUGUGGAGCUCAUGCACCACUGCCUUCAUGAGAACGGAGGUGACGUCAUGAAAACUCUGGAAGUGUUGUUGCUGAAGAAACCUAUUUUUCCCAAAGAUCACCACCUUGCCAGCUACCACUACGCGGGGUCAGACUGCUGGACUGUGGAUGAAAAGCGCUACUUCAAUAAAGGGAUCUCUGCUUACAGGAAGGACUUUUUUUUAGUGCAGAAAGUGGUGCAGAGUAAGACACUGGCACAGUGUGUGGAAUUUUAUUACACCUAUAAGAAACAGGUGAAGGUCGGGCGCAGCGGGAUGCUGAUCUACGGCGCGCCGGAUCCAGAAGACCGCGUCCCUGAGAUCCCGCAGAUUAAACAAGAGCAACCGGAAGCAGGAGAGGAGAGCAAACACAAGGUGGAGCACGAAGACACCGGUGCAGUUCACCUCCGCAAUGUGACGAAGACUCUUCAGGUCAGUGAGAACGAGGGGAGAGUCUUGGUGCUGAGCAACCCCAAGGUCGUCUCUUUGGAAGAGGUAACCGCCAUGAGGCAGGAAACACGGACUCCUCGUUUCUUUGCUCCAAAACCACGAGAGAAUUCAGGGAGGAGAAGCGCACCGUCAAAUGCCCCUAAGAGUCAAGGAGAACCUGAGGGCAUAUUUCCCUGCAAGAAGUGCACCAGGGUGUUCUACAAAGUAAAGAGUCGCAGCGCGCACAUGAAGAGCCACGCCGAGCAGGAGAAGAAAGCAGCGGCUCAGCGGCAGAGAGAAGAAGAGGAGCGGCUGGCGGCGAUGGCCAGGCUCAGAGCGGCAGAGACGGAGAGGUUUGAGGAUGAUAGCGAACCCGAGGAGUACAUGAUCGAGCCAGAGAACGAGCGAGACGAUGACUGGCGAUGAGAACGUUUUUUUUUGUUUGUUUUUUUUUUUUUGAAGGGACGCCACUUGUAUAGCCAAAUCUAUUCCAAAUCCAAUGGACUGUUUAUUACACAAUAACCAAAGGGAUGGCGUGAAUGUAAUAUUCGUUGUUUUCUUGUUUUUUAGGGUGUCGUGCGAUGUAAUACAUGGCCGUAAGAACGUAACACGAAUGAUGUGGGGUUUUUAUGUUUUUUUUUUCAUUAAGAAGUCUGAAUGUAGAUUGAACGCAGACUACAUGACCUCCGCUCACUGUUUUAUCAUUUCCCUACAACAGAGCAAAGUUUUUAGAGCAACUUUUGUAAUAAUUUUACAAAAGGGAAUAUUUUCUAUGGAUGUCUGAUUUAUAUAACUUUACAGCUAUUAUGUUAAAUAAUAAUAUGGGUUUUUUUUUUAAUGUAACGUUGAUUUUUUUUUUUUUUUUAAAAAGGAUUGUUCAGAUAAAUAAGAGAUUUUAAUCAAGGAAAUUGUAUCGUGUACAAUGGUGGUGUAUUAUCAGCUCAAGGACACACUAUUAUUUUUGAUCUUUAUUCCAGAAAACUAAGGGUAAUUUUCAAUCAGAUGUAUUUUGUAUAUGAAAUGUAUAAAUAGUAAAAAAAAAAAAUAUACAUUGA